AUGGGUUGCUUAAACUCCAAGCAUUCUUCUCCGGCGGGUCCUCCACGCCCUCUCCGCCGCCGUUCAGAUACCGCUGUCCACCGAAGUCAUCCCCAAAAUAACCAUAACCGUCAUGUUCUUCCCAGUCCGCCAUCUCACCGCCGUGUCGUCAACUCAUCUCCGACAAAACAUCGCAAUAGUGAUAAUGAAGCUCCAAAAUCGAGGACGACCGGUGUUAGCUUGAGAUCGGGCUUGUCGCACGGCAAUGUAGAGGCUGAGCAGGUGGCGGCUGGUUGGCCCUCUUGGCUCAGCUCCGCCGCACCGGAGGCCGUUCAUGGGUGGGUCCCAUUACGCGCCGAGGACUUCGAGAAAAGAGAGAAGAUCGGGCAAGGGACGUACAGCAACGUGUUCCGGGCUUGUGAGGUAUCGACGGGACGAGUUAUGGCUCUAAAGAAGAUACGGGUCCAAAAUUUCGAAACUGAAAACAUAAGAUUCAUUGCGAGAGAAAUCAUGAUUUUGAGAAGAUUAGAUCAUCCCAACAUCAUGAAACUCGAAGGGAUCAUCGCUUCACGGAAUUCAAACAGCAUGUACUUUGUCUUUGAUUACAUGGAACACGAUCUCGAAGGUCUAUGUUCAUCUCCCGACAUCAAAUUCACCGAGGCACAGGCAAGAAAUAAAUGCACCACACAAAACCCUAACAUCUCCUGUAAAUAA